UGCUGUUAGUUUCUUCUGCUUUUAAUAAAUAUUUGAUAUGUGGGAGUGGCUUGUAAGCGAACGCCCACCAUAUGCUCGAAGAAAAGCCCAAACGGAUGUUGGCCAAAGGAUAUGUCUUGAUUGAAAUCCAGAACUAGUUUCAAUUCCUCAUCUGGGGUUCUCUGUUUUUGUGUUCCUUCUGUGGAUUAGAGCCUGUUUGGAGAAGUAUCGACUUCAAAAAAUAAGGAGAGAACAAGUUUUCUUUUUGAAGCUGAAAUGCUUUUGUACUGUAUUUAUUCUUCAAAGACCUUGAGAAAUGGGUGGAAUGCCAACAGAAAAUACUUCGUCUGCCUUGGCUUUCCCAGGGUCGCAGCCAACGCAAGGAUCAGCAGUCACUACUGCACCUAGCCUGGAUACAAAGCCGAAGAAGAAGAUCUGCUGUGCUUGCCCGGAUACUAAGAAGCUGCGCGAUGAAUGCAUUGUGGAGCAUGGUCAAGAGGCUUGCACAAAAUGGAUCGAUGCUCAUCUCAGGUGCCUUCGUGCAGAGGGCUUCAAUGUUUGAGAUUGCCAGAGAUGGUUAAGAUAAUAAAUUGAACAUUAACCAGUUUUGAAAGAAUACAUUUAUUUUAGGUUUACAACAUACAAGAAGAUAAUAUCUGAAAGUUCCAAAAUAAUGCAUGGAGAGCUUCUGUUUACCAUUAGAUGCAAUCAAAUUUUACUUGUAUUUUCUUUCCUUUGAGAUUGCAGUAUUAAAUUUAUAAGGUGCAGUACACAUUGGUUGAUAAGUUACAGGAUUGAUCUCAGUAUCUGCUUUUGUCUUGUAUAAGUGUAAUAUUUUUUGUUAAUGGUUGUUUUUUUUCCAUA